AUGGAGCCAAAGCAACAAACAAAAAAAUUGGAAAGGUACAGAAACAUGAUAGGACUUGCACAAGUAAUUUCAAAUGUUUCCAACAAGAUCUGGGAAUUCAUAGAUGAGGUAUUUGAGGUAACUGUCAUGUACAAUAUGGUGCAACAAUUAACACUACGAUUGUUUCAUACUGAAUCACGUGUGGAGUUUGUUCUAACAUUGAUAUAUGCUAAAUGUGAUGCAAUUGAAAGGAUAGAAUUAUGGGAUUCAUUAUAUGCAAUGGCAAGGGAUAUGAAUGCACCAUGGCUAGUAGGGGGAGAUUUCAAUGUAAUAUGGGACGAAGAAGAGAAGUUUGGUGGGUUACUUGUGUCAUUGAAUGAAAUUGAUGAUUUUCGACACUGCGUCCAUUCUUGCAAUCUCUUCGACCUUGGAUUUAAAAGUAGCAUAUUCACAUGGUGGAAUGGGAGAGCAGAGGAAGACUGUAUAUUCAAAAGGCUAGACAGAUGCUUGGCCAAUUUUCAAUUCCAACAAACAUUUCCGAGAAUAGAGGUGCAACAUUUGUCAAAGACUGGUUCCGAUCAUAGUCCAAUGUAUCUGAAGUCUGAUAUUGAGACUCCACCAAUAAAAAAGCCUUUUAAGUUCUUGAAUUUUUGGGUGGAACAUGCAACUUUUAAAGAUGUGGUGAGAGAGAACUGGACAGCUGAUUUCAGUGCAAAUCCUUUUAUCAUUUUUAAUCACAAGUUAAAAAAAUUAAAGAAGGCCCUUUCAUUGUGGAGUAAGGCUACAUUUGGAAAUAUUUUCCAAAAGAUAGCAAGCAUGGAAGAGGUAGUGAUGGUUCAUGAAGCAGAAUUUGAAGCAAAUCCUACAGGGAUGAACAGGGAAAGGCUACAAAAGAUUCAGGCAGAAUUGAUCAAAUGUCUUGCACUAGAUGAGAAAUAUUGGCAACAAAAGGCGGGCAUGACUUGGUUCAAGGAAGGGGAUAGGAACACUAAGUUCUUCCACGCACAAGUGAGAGAAGAGGCUAUCAAAUUUUAUAAGGAACAGUUCACAGAAGCAGCUACUCCUUCUUUAUUUGAUAUCGUAGAGCAUGUUCCUAAUCUGAUUAACAAUGAACAGAAUGCAGAAUUGAUUAAGCAGCCAACAAAAGAGGAGGUUAAAGUGGAAGUAUUUGGACUUAAUGGUGAUAGUGCUGGAGGGCUAGAUGUUAUGACAGGCAAGCUAUAUCAUUCUUGUUGGGACAUAAUAGGGAUGACCUGUACGACAUGGAAUAUAGUAGAAAACAUCCUUUUAACUCAGGAGAUAGUCACUGACAUUAGGCUUAGAACUAAGGUUGGACCUAAUGUCAUCCUGAAGCAAGAUAUGACCAAAGCUUAUGAUAGAUUAUCUUGGCUAUUCCUAACAAAGGUAAUGAGAAAGAUGGGAUUCACAGAAAGGUUGAUAGGGAUUGACUUUGGAUUAGUUUCAAACAAUUGGUAUUCUAUUCUAAUCAAUGGUCAAGCUCAUGGUUUCUUUAAGUCCUCAAGGGGAGUAAAACAAGGUGAUCAUGUAUCUCCAACUUUGUUUAUCUUGGCAGCAGAAGCAUUCUAUUCUAACUUGUAUUUUUGUGGAUUUGGGAUGCCAAAGUGGAAUCCAAAGAUCAAUCAUUUGACGUAUGCAGAUGACAUGAUUAUUUUCUCGUCCUCAGAUGAAACAUCUCUGAUGCUGAUUAUGCAAGUGUUGAAUGCAUAUGAAGCUGCAUCUGGGCAGCUUAUUAACAAGACCAAAUCAGCUGUGUACCUGCAUCAUUUAACACACAUGGAAGUGUUCAGCAAGGACUUUGGCAUUGAUGAAACAAUACAAAAUGUACAUGAGGUUACCUUAGAUGGUGAGUGGGAUGUGGACAGGCUAUUUGAAAUGCUUCAUGAAGACUUAGCAGUAUACAUUCUAGAGAAAAUCAAACCACCUUCACCUCAACAGGUUCUUGACGUGCCUUGUUGGAUGCUGGAAACAAGAUGA